AUGCAACACCGUCCAAGUAAUAUUCAGCGCAGUACCUUCGACACAAGAGUAGAGGGCUCACUGCACACUCCAUCACUGGUCUCCCCACCCGAUUCCAGAACACCACCAACAGUCACCGGCAAACGAACAAUGGACAGCGGCCAGGCAAAGAGACCUGAGAGGUCAGACUCAGAGCCUGUCGACCCAAACGCUUUGAGCAGAGCUCUGGAAAAUGUUGGAAAUCCCGGGCAAAGCCGGGAACGGACUCCUAUUUCCAGUCCGAGUCGAAAGAGACAGAGGGUAUAUGGAGACAGAUUCAUACCAAAUCGUUCCGGACAAGAUCUUCACGCAAGUUACAAUUUGUUGAACGACGAUGCGUCGCCAGACACACCGUCAAAAACAAGGCGAGCCCCUCAUGGGGAAUUACAUUACCAGAGAACCGAAGAGUCAAACCGGACCUACACAAAUGUCCUUCGAUCCGAGCUUUUUGAAAACACAGUACCACAGCCGACACCACCCACACUUUCACCUGACCACAACGCAACACACUUUGGCGAGGCAAGAGGACACACACCGCCAACACAUCGAUCAUCAUCUGCUCUCCCGCCAGCCUCUCUUACUCCUUCCACCCCUCACAAGAAUUUCUUCAACUUCCGUAAUCUUUCAGGUCAUCCAACCCCUUCGAGGACUCCCGGAAGCAAGCAUACGUACAAUAUGAAUCCCAACUCAGACCUGUAUAGUACCACUCCCAUCCGAAGAGAUAGCCAGCGCCUACUUUUAAGUCCUCGCAAGCAGCCAAGAGCAGUCAGCAAGGUACCAUUCAAAGUGCUAGAUGCACCAGACCUAGCAGAUGAUUUCUACUUGAAUUUGGUCGACUGGGGCGGCAGCAACAUCCUUGGGGUCGGCCUGUCGAAAAGUGUUUACAUGUGGAAUUCUGCCACUGGACUUGUUAACAAGCUAUGCGAAUUACAAGAAGAUACAGUCACCUCCGUCUCUUGGAUUCAACGAGGGACACAUCUUGCAAUAGGUACCGAGAAAGGUCUUGUGCAAAUCUGGGAUGCAGAAAAACAGCGUCGACUCCGUACGAUGACAGGCCACACAGCACGCGUCGGCGCAUUGGCUUGGAACGACCACAUCUUGACCUCCGGCUCCCGUGAUCGGCUGAUUUAUCAUCGCGAUGUGCGGCAACCCGAAAUGCACGUCCGAAAGCUCUCAGGCCACAAACAAGAGGUGUGCGGUCUCAAAUGGAAUACUGAAGACGGACAGCUUGCAUCAGGUGGAAACGACAACAAGCUGAUGGUGUGGGACAAGCUAUCCGAACAGCCAACGUGGAAGUUUGAAGAUCAUACGGCUGCGGUCAAAGCUAUUGCUUGGUCUCCACAUCAAUCCCGUCUACUGGCCAGCGGCGGAGGUACGGCAGACCGGCGAAUCCGAUUCUGGGAUACCAAACUGGGCCAGUGCGUCUCUGAGCUUGAUACAGGAAGCCAGGUCUGCAAUCUAGCCUGGUCGAAGAAUUCCAAUGAACUGGUGUCAACGCAUGGAUAUUCACAGAACCAGAUUGUAGUCUGGAAAUACCCCUCAAUGACACAGGUAGCUAGCUUGACUGGUCACACCUACCGUGUGCUUUACCUUGCGAUGAGUCCAGACGGACAGACGGUGGUCACGGGGGCGGGCGACGAAACCUUGCGUUUCUGGAAGUGCUUCCAAAAGAGGCAGCGAGAUGGUAUUGGGGGAGAGGGUGCGGGGCUUCGCAUGGAGAGCAUGGGAGUCAUCCGAUGA